AUUCAUUCUUAGUCAUCUCGGCUAGAAAUUUCCUGCUUCAGAGCUAAAGGUGAUAGUGUGGCUUUUACCUCAGAUCUCCUGCAAGUACUACAAAGAAGAAAAAAUUCUGAAUAAUUAGUCAAGAUUUCUUUCAAGUCCAAGUAAUAUUCUUGACUUUACCACAAGCAGGGGAAAUGAAGCACAUAAUCAGUCUAUAUGAAAACAUAAAUGAUACAGCAAGAAAUAAUUCAGACUGUCCUCAUGUGGUUUUGCCAGAGGAGAUAUUUUUUACAAUAUCCAUCAUCGGAGUUUUGGAGAAUCUGAUUGUCCUUCUGGCUGUGAUAAAGAAUAAGAAUCUCCAGGCACCCAUGUACUUUUUCAUUUGCAGCUUAGCCAUUUCCGAUAUGUUGGGCAGCCUGUAUAAGAUCUUGGAAAAUACCCUGAUCAUGUUCGGAAACAUGGGUUAUCUCAAGCCUCGUGGCAAUUUUGAAACCACAGCUGAUGAUAUCAUUGACUCCCUGUUCAUCCUCUCUCUACUUGGCUCCAUUUUCAGUCUGUCUGUGAUUGCUGCUGACCGCUACAUCACAAUCUUCCAUGCUCUGCAGUAUCACAGCAUUGUGACUAUGCGUCGCACUAUUGUCAUCCUGACAGUCAUCUGGACAUGCUGUAUAUGCAGUGGCAUCACCAUGGUGCUCUUCUCCCAUCACAUCCCCACAGUAAUUACCUUCACAUCGCUGUUCCCUCUGAUGUUGGUCUUCAUCCUGUGCCUCUACGUUCACAUGCUCUUGCUGGCUCAUUCCCAUGCCAGAAAGAUCUCAACACUUCCCAGAGCCAAUAUGAAAGGGGUCAUCACGUUGACCAUCCUUCUUGGGGUUUUCAUCUUCUGCUGGGCUCCCUUUGUCCUUCAUGUCCUCUUAAUGACAUUCUGCCCAAAUAAUCCUUAUUGUGCUUGCUACAUGUCUCUCUUCCAGGUAAAUGGCAUGUUGAUCAUGUGCAAUGCAGUCAUUGACCCUUUUAUAUAUGCCUUCCGGAGCCCAGAGCUUAGGGAAGCAUUCAAAAAGAUGAUCUUCUGCUGCAGGUUCCAGUAG